AUGUCUUUCUCAAAUUCAAUUCGUAUUCCUCUAGUCUUGCCAAGUGUUGAUGUAUUCACAUUUGGAGAAUCAUCUCUAUUUGGUUAUGAUUCAUUAAAUAAGUGUCUUGUUGUUAUUUCAUUAAUUGAACUAAACAAUCCAAAUAAUCAACGAAUUGAUUAUUUACAUUUAUCUUUAUCUCCAAGACCUUCUAUUCGACGAUUGAUUUUAAAUCAAGAUGAAACUAUUCUUGCUCUUAUUUCUGAUAAAAUAGCCUAUCUUGUUUAUUUACCACAAUCAAACAAUUCACCAUCGAAAAGUUCUCAUUUAUGUUUUGUAAAUGUUAUUCCUUCAUUAUCAUCAAAUUCUACAUCAAUAAAUAAUUGUUUAAUAGAUUUUCUAUGGUUAUCUUCAAUUCAUAUUAUUAUUGUUUAUUCUGAACCAUCAUCAUCUGAAUGUCAUCUUUAUAAAAUUCGACCAUCAAAAUCUAAUGAAAUUGAAUAUGUUCAAACAUUUUUUGUUGGUUCAUUAUCAGCAAAAGAACGAACAAAUAGUGGAACACCAAAGAAAAGAAUUUCUCUUCGUCGACCAUUGGAUAUUGUCAAAUUAGAUUUAGCUAAAAGAAAACAAGAUUUAAGAUCAAUUCUUCUUUUUGCUAUGAAAGCUGAUGGAGAUAUUUUUAUUAUGGAAAUUGAUCAAAAUCAAUUAUUAAAUAAUGAAAAACGAUUAACAUCAGAAUUUGUUGGUCCUAUUUGUAUUCUUCCAUCAACAUUUGAUAAUUAUGGUGCUGAUCAUAGUCAUUCAAAUCUUAUUUGUUUAUCAUGUUCACCAUAUCCUAUAGUUAUAUUUACACGUGAUAAAUGUCAAAUAAAUGAAUGUAUUGUUCUUAAUCCAUCAAUUGAUCAAUAUUAUUUAUUUACAAUUGAUUCAAUUUGUUUACCAAUAAAUGAAAAUAAUCAAACAAUAAAAUCAAUAAUUGUUGAUGAACUUAAUUCAAAUAUUUAUUAUGUUUGGGAUUCUUUAUCAAAUAUUUAUUCAGUUGAAAUUUUAUGGAUCGAUCAAAUUAAAGAAAAACAAAAUAAAAUUCAAUCAACAAAUAUUCAACAUUUAAUUAAAUCAAGUGAUUCAAUUCAACAAAUUGGUUUAAUUCAAACAAAUAAUAAAGGACAAUGGUUAGCUAUUAUUACUAAAACACAAAUUAAUCAACAAAAGGAAUUAAUUCUUAUUCGUCCUCGUUCUUUGUCUCUUACACCAUUAACUUCAACACAUAUCAAAUCUUUACCUUUGACUGAAACAAAUAAAACUAACAAAUCAAAUUCAUCGUCUGAUUUUGUUCAUCGUAUUCGUAAAAUUCUUGCUCGUGAUCAAUCAUUACCAAAUAAAACACUUUCAUCAUCAUCAUCAUCAUCAUCAACAAAUAAUAUUUCUCAUUCAGAUUUAGAAAGAAAUCUUUUUAAUUUGUUAAAACUCAUCUCUGAACAAUACAUUGAAAAACAAGAAAAAGUUCGUAUAGAAUUAGAAAAUAAACAACGUUAUUUAUAUGAUAUUCAACAAACACAAUUAAUUGCUAAUCAAGAAUUAUUUGAAAAAUUUGAACAAUUUCAAGAAAAAUUUCAAACAUUAAAUCAACAAUAUCAACAAGAAUCUGAUCGUCGAAAACAUCUUUCAUCGAAUGUUGAUGAUCUUUUAUCUGUAAUUGAACAACACACACCUGUUGUAUCUGAUGCAGAAGUAUUAAUGCAUCAACAAUUAGAGAGAUAUCAAAUUCAGAUAAAUUCUCUUCAAGAAAAAAUCUCUCUUCUGAAACAAUUCAUUACAAGACAGGAAUCUUUUAAUGAAAAUGAACAACAAAUUGAUCAAUCAUCAAUGGAAAAUAUUAACACAUUUGUUCGAUAUUAUAGAAAUCAAAUUGAUCAGAUGAAACAACAAUUACAAAUUAUUGAUUAUAAUAACUAA